CGCAGAUGAUCCGCCAUCGGGCAUAUAUUUUUGAUCGGCCGAAUGACCGAGCGGGAGGCGGAAGCAGCGCAGCAGCCGGGGGAAGCAGCGCAGCAGCCGGCCCGGGGACGUGGGGCACCACCCGAGAGCGAUACGAGAUGUCGUCAGAGAUAUAGUGCGCAAGCGGGGGCGGCGGUGGAUGUGGCCGCGCUCAUGUGUCCGCCGGCAAGCAAGUUGACGCGGAUGUCGAUCGCUGCGAGGCAGCCUGUGAGAUAGCAGUGCCGCCACUAGUUCUAUCCGCUCGUUGGUGGACGCCCGACUGGGCAGGUUCUACCGGGCGCUGUGCAUAGCAAGAAAAGGGUGAAUUAUAUAUAUAUAUUUUUAAUUUAUUUAGAGUUCAAUUGCUGGAAAAAAAAAGAAAGUAAGGGGAAAGAAAGUAAGGGGUCCUCUCUUCUCCCCCCCCAAAAAGAAAAAGGGCUCCCCUUUAUAUAGCCUUACGAGUAGUUAGGUACUGAAAGGCGAAAGAAUGUGAGAGAAGAAUAUAGUUUUUAUUUUAGAAAAAAAAAAAAACAAUUUUCUGUUUUUGUCGUGUGUAAAAGCGAGGAAUUGCCGACGUAAUAAUAAAAUAAUUCCACAAAAUAAUUGUGAAAUUAUCUGGAUCUUACGAGUGUUCACCUCGAUAGCUGCCCGAGGGGUAUUCACCAUAUAGCCGUGCCAACUCCCGGGAAUGCAGGUCGUCAGGAGCUCCCGAGGCAUUCUAAGGCAAGUGGCGGGCUUGAACACGAAGGCGCAGGUGCACCCGCACGCACACCUUCUCCGUUGUGCGACUGAUACUACUACUACUACGACUACUGCUCCGAGAGCCAUCGCAGGACGGCUAGGCGCAUUGUUCGGAAUGGCAACCGAGGCGCCUCCUGUCGCUGCUGAGCCCUUUGGCGCCGUAGAGACUCCACCAUUGAAUCUGAAGACGAUUAACCCCAAUGUGUUGGCCUGCGAGUACGCCGUGCGAGGGCCCAUUGUGGCGCGCGCUCAGGCUCUUCAGAAGCAGCUGUCCACCAACCCAAGCUCGCUCCCAUUUGAUGAGAUUGUUUAUUGUAAUAUUGGGAAUCCACAGGCCCUGCACCAGCAAGCAAUAACAUUUUUCCGAGAGGUGGUUGCCCUGGCGGAUCACCCGGCAAUUCUUCAGCAUCCAGAGGCAGAAAAGCUCUUCAGUGCUGAUGCAAUUGCCCGUGUGAAGAGGAUCCUUCAGAAAAUCCCAGCCAACACCACUGGUGCAUACAGUCACAGCCAGGGCCAUGCAGUUUGCCGUGAAGAUAUUGCUGCUGGCAUUCAGAGGCGUGAUGGGUAUCCUUGCAAUCCUGAUCACAUCUUCAUUACGAACGGUGCCAGCCCAUCUCGAACCCUCUUCUUGCAUGCGGUGCUAAGGUCUGGGAAAGCAACAGAGCCACAUACAGUUGAGGAGCAGGCAGAAAUUGACCACCGGCUAGCCGAAAAGGAGGAGGAGGAGGAAAAGCAAAGGAAGAAGGAGGUGGAAGUGAAGAAGAAGUUAUUAGAAGAAGCGAAGAAGUACAGGGAGAAGAAGGGUCUGGCACGAUUCGGCAUGGGCAAGAGCAGCCUCCGAGGACGAACCAGCACUAUCCUCAACCGGCCAGUUUCAACCGGCCAGUUGGAGCAACGAGUUGACCAUGUAGUCGCAAUGCUUGGAGACAUCAGCGCCUUCGCCGCACCAGCCACCGUCAGCAAGCAGCUCAACACCUUGAAGACCGAGCUCAGGCAGCUACACCAGCCGCCCGACAACGAUGGCAGCACCAAUGCAUCGCGACCAUAUAAGAUGCCAACUUUUCGGAUUGAGAAGUUUGACGACUACACGCAUCAGGACCCAGUGGUCUGGUGGCAAGGCUUUACAACGUCGAUUGGGAUUCAUGAGGUCCCCAAUCACUUGUACAUCUCGGCGCUGUUCCUCAAUGUCAAGGGCGGAUGCCAGAUCUGGCUCAGCCACAUGGCAACCAUCCACGGCGUCCAGGUCUCCGAUCUCGUCUGCCUCGAUCACCAAGUGUUGACGUUGGUGGCUUCGUGCCACUGCAGCAGAUCAUGGGCCUCCUUGUGGCGGACCUGGGCAUCUGCGUUUCAGCCGCUGCCUCUGCUUCAGCCUGUAGGCAGGCAGCCUCGGCUUCUGCCUGGCGCUGUUUCUCAACCUCGAUUAGUGCAAGCUGAGGUACUCGGCACUCGGCAAGUCGCCCAUUAUUGCGAGUUGUUCCUCUUCCGGUGUCGUGUCGUCAUGGUCCUCGGAUGGUUCAAAAUGCCAGAACUUGAGCCUGUCGACGUUGGCAGCUUCGUGCCGCUGCAACAGAUCCUGGGCCUCCUUGCGGCAGACCUGGGCAUCUGCGUUUCAGCUGCUGCCUCUGCUUCAGCUUUACCAGCUCUGUUGAUGGACGUCGGAGUAGAGGUUGUUGGCCUUCACGACUACGUUCCGAAGAUCGACCGCGAGUUCAAGACAACGAUAUCACCAACUCGAGAUCGGAUAGGAGGAUUGCUACAAGACCGCGUUCAAGACGCGAUAUGGGCAUUUCAAAUGGUUGGUUAUGCCUUUGGCGUUACGAAUGCCCUGGCCAUGUUCGAAGCAGCUAUGACGACGGAGUUCCGACACGUGCUGGACAGAUUUGUACUCAUCUACCUCGACGAUAUCUUGGUGUACAGUCGGAGUUUGGACGAGCGUGUGGAGCACUUCCGCACCGUUUUGGAACAGCUACGACAAGCCAAGUACAAAGCCAACCGCGACAAAUGCAGAUUCGCGCGGCAAGAGCUUCGAGUACUUGGGCCAUUUGUGAUGCCGCACGGCAUCCGUCCACUCGCGGACAAGAUCGAGGCCAUCCGAGUGUGGCCCGAGCCCACCAACACCACGAAAGUUCGCUCAUUCAUGGAGUUGGCGGGCUACUACCAACGCUUCAUCACCGAGUACUCAAGGAUCGCCACACCAUUGACGAGACUACAAUCGCCAAUGGUGCCAUUUGUAUUAAGCGACGAAGCACGCCGGUCAUUCCAAGCACUCAAGACGGCCAUGCUUAUUGCACCCGUCCUUAGCAUCUGCGACCCCACCUUGCCAACAAGAGUGAAGAGUGACGCUUCCGGCUAUGGCAUUGGGGCAGUCUUGGAACAUCACGACGGCGACGACUGGCACCCUGUGGAGUAUUUCAGCCACAAUGUGCCUCCCAUCAAUUCACUUGAUGAUGCAAGGAAGAAGGAGCUGCUUGCGUUCGUGAUGGCUCUCAAGCGAUGGUGGCACUUCCUCCUUGGGUGUCGUAGGUUCAUAUGGGUCACUGAUAACAACCCAUUGACCUACUACAAGACGCAGGAUACGGUGAGCAGCACUAUCGGACGAUGGAUGUACUUCAUCGACCAAUUUGACUUCACACCGAAACAUCUCGGCGGCCUCUCCAAUCACGCAGCCGAUGCACUCUCGCGAAGACCCGAUCUUUGCGCUAUGACACAUCAUGCCUUUGCGUUGGACGAGGAACUGCAGCGGCACUUCAUUCGGGGCUAUGAGUCUGAUCCGAAAAGGGUAAGCAGGCUGCCACAGACGAACGCCUGCCUAAUGGACACCCGCCUCCAUACUAACGAGGAACUCGCUGCCCUCCAUCGGUCCAUGAGUAAAUUGGAAUUCCAUCAGCGAGAAUUUGAGGGAACCUGGAAUAACUUCCUGCGUACAGCCUCCCAUCAGAUAGAUGACCGUAUCCUUGGGUACGUAAAGCAGCUAGCCGAGGCCCUCAUCAAAAAGAUAUCCGACCUUGCCGUAGUAAGGAAGUUGAAGCUUGGUGGGGGGGGAGGAGAUGGAGAUGAUGAUGGUGAUGAUGGAGACAGAAAAGGGAAGGGUCACAAAAAUGAGAAGGACAAUGAAGCGGAGGACUCCCGGGAGAAGAUGAAGCAGGAGGAUAUCCACAGCCUCGAUGACUCGCUAGCUCAAGUAGAAGGCCGCCUCCAGCGGCUGGAGCAGCGACCUGUCGCCGCCCGCGAUGCAAGCUCUUCCAACACCUCAGAUCGCCUCGCAGCAUUGGAGAUGGACGUCGGCUCCCUCAAGGACGGCGUGCAGUUACAGCAGACCGCAAUGCAACAGCUGGAGCAACGGAUCUGUACCAUCGCCAAUACCUCGAGUUUGGAACCGCGUGAGACAGCUCCAAAGUUUGACGGGCAGGAGAUUUUCUGCGACUCGACGAAGACAGAUCCGGUUCCAUGGUUCCGCAAGUUCGAGCUCACGCUACAGCUACACAAUGUCAAAGAACACAAGCACCACCCAUACUUAGGGGGCGCGUGCCAGGCUUGGUUGGACAAUGUAUUGUCCAAGUACAGAGUGGUAGCUACGGACUUGCACACCAAGAUCAGCUGGGAUGAUCUGAAGGCAGCGUGGCACAAGCGGUUCCAAGUCAAGCCGCCCGAGAUCAAGGCUAUGGACAAGCUCAUGCGCGUCUCGCAAUUUCAUGAGCCAAUCCUUUAUGCAAAGGGCUGGCCUUGGCGCACAAGUUCGGAGAAGGCAAACCCGACGGCGAUCAAGUUGGCGGAUGGGAAAACGCAGCAACUUCUCGACCGAUACAUCGAGGCCGUACCGGUUUAUUUCGCACCUCGUGCAUGCGAACCGGUGACGUUGGAUAUUCUCGACAAGAACUUUGACAUCUUUCAAGGAAUGCCUUGGCUUGCAAGUGCGGAUCACACAGUCAACUUCCACCGGCGGACUCUUAGCGUUCGCGACGCCUUCGGCGCGGAAGUGGCGUGUACUAUUCCUCUACCGCACCCUUCGAUUCGGUGCCAAGUGGUUACAGCCAAAUCAUUUCGGGCGACUUGCGCUUACGAGCAGCCCGAGGAAAUCGGCCUAUGUUUCCUACGGACCGUCGCGGUAGCCGACUCUUCMCCCACGGACUUGUCUUCGGACCCGCCGGUGGUGCGGUUGCUGGACGAGUUCGCCGACAUCUUCGAGUCACCUACCGGGGUGGUGCCGGAUCGGCCGAUCUCUCACGAGAUCAUUCUUGAGGUUGGUGCCGUGCCGCCGAAAGGUUGCAUCUAUUGGAUGAGCGAGGAGGAGCUUGAGGUCCUCCGCGCACAACUCGACGACUUGUUGGCCAAGGGCUGGAUCCGCCCUAGUAGCUCCCCAUAUGGAGCACCAGUUCUCUUCGUCCGGAAGAAGAACAAGGAUCUACGAUUGUGYAUCAACUACCGCAAGCUCAACGCGCAAACCGUCAAGAAUGCGAGGCCUCUUCCUCGCAUCGACGAUCUUCUUGAGCGAUUGGGCGGCGCAAACUAUUUUUCUAAGUUGGAUUUGAAAUCGGGAUAUCAUCAAAUCUCGAUCCAGCCGAACAAUCGCUACAAGUCCCCGUUCAAGACGCGGUACGGGCAUUUUGAGUGGGUGGUCAUACCUUUUGGCCUCACCAACGGCCCGACGACCUUUCAAGCGGCAAUGACCAACGAGUUUCGUGCAAUGUUGGACCGGUCCGUGCUGGUCUACUUAGACGAUAUUCUCGUCUAUAGCCGGACAUUGGAGGAUCAUCUUGGGCAUCUUCGACGAGUGUUGGAGACGCUCCGCCGUGCCAAAUACAAGGCCAACCGCGACAAGUGCGAAUUUGUCCGGCAAGAGCUGGAAUACUUGGGCCAUUUUGUCACACCGGAGGGCAUCAGUCCGCUAUCGGACAAGAUUCAAGCCAUCCAAGAGUGGUCGGAGCCUCGGAACGUCACAGAUGUCCGUUCAUUCCUUGGCCUCUCCGGCUACUACCAACGUUUUAUCAAAGGCUACUCGACGAUCGCAAGACCCACCCUCUAUGGACGGUUUUCAAGAGUUCAGUCUUUCCCUGUCAGUGAAUCAGUCAUAGCCAGUCUCAACAAGAUAGCCCUCAAGGAUGUUGUUCGAUAUCAAUACGCUAGUGUCGUUGGCUUCAGUCGAGGAGAUUUGUCGGUCUUUGCGGUUCUCACCAGAUUCGCAGGUGGUACCAUUCAUGACCUGAGACUCUAUGUGAAAAAGGGUAAGGAAGCCCACGAGCACUUUGACUUAGUCUGGAUCUCAGCCGCAAGUUACCUUGAGGAGAAGGAGAGAGGAUUCGACGAGGGUGGUACUAAGCUGAUCCGCAGCUUUGGACCUAAGCUUUAUGCUGACUACCCCAGGCCUGCAGUCCCCUCCUCACAGACGGCUCCUGCUAGGGAGACUCGGUUGAUCUGGCCAAAAGGAGUUGCGGCAUGUUCAGUUUUCAGGCAGGAGGAAGUCCAGAGCAGAUCUAGGCUUCCAUCGCAGAUGAAGCUGAUUAGGACUGACAUCGGUGGUGCUGUGUACAACAUUGUUGUACAGGCUGGCGAUAAGAGGAAGAGGAAGAGAGGAGAAAGGCUGCUGAGGAAGAAAAGGAGAGAAUGCGCAUUGAAAGUAGAGGGGAGUAGUGGCACGAAGAGGGGUGCAGAUGCCGAGAUGGAGAAGAAGAUAAGCGAGUGGGUCGCUAAUUUGUCGUUGGGAGAAGACGAGGAGGCGGAGUCCUAUGUGACUCAGGAUGAGAGGGAUGCACUAGCCAGUGAGCUAGCAGCAAUGGAGGAUCCUAUGGAACGGCGAGAAAGGGAGGAGGAGCAGAAGUUGGCAUGGAAAUUGAGGAUGAAGAGGGAAAAGAAGAGGAGGAGAGAGGAAGUCAACAAACUGACCGAAGAGGUGGCGAAGGUGCAGGAUUGUAGGAAAGAAGUGCAGGCCCAGACAGAUGAUAAGGCCAAAUGGGAUAAGGUAUUGGGAUACCUGGAGGUGCUGAGCAAAGCAUGGAUGGAGGAGCGCCAAGCCAGUUGGAGCCAAGAAGUAGCCUUGAGUGCCAUGCGGUCGGGAUUUAGAGAUUUUGCGCGCGAUAUAGUCACCCACAUUGGGGGCGAAGUCAAGCAACUGAGAGAAUGUGGGGAAGUGAAAAAGGAGCAGUUAGAGGACCAGGUCUUUGAAGUUUAUGUUAGACCUGUCACUGAGGCCAAGAAGGAAGGCAGUUCCAUUGAUCCCACCAUAGCCAAGCUGCUGGAGGAGUUCAAAGACUUGAUUGAGUCGCCGACAGGGGUAGUGCCGCGACCCAUCCAGCACAGGAUAGAGAUAGAGCCUGGCAGUAGAACUCCUAAGGGAGCAGUCUACAGGAUGUCCCCUAGAGAGUUAGAGGAGCUACGCAAGCAGCUAAACGAGCUCCCCGAGAAUGGUUGGAUCAGGCCCAGUUCGUCUCCUUUUGGAGCCCCAGUUCUGUUUGUCCCCGAGAAGGAAGGAGAGCUCCGUAUGUGCAUAGACUAUAGGGGUUUGAAUGCGAUCACUGUGAAGAAUGCUGAGCCGCUGCCCAGGAUAGACGAUCAUUUGGAUCGGGUGCAGGGUUGCAAGUUGCUGAAGAAAGAGGCAAUCUGGCAAUGGGACAAAGAUUGUACGUCUGCGCUCAAGAAGUCGGAGUGCGCGUUAAUAGAGUAUCCUGCCCUCAAAGUAGCAGACCCGUCCUUGCCAUUUGUCGUCACCACGGACGCAAGUCAGUAUGGAAUAGGUGUCGUGUUGCAGCAAGACAACGACAAUGGCUAUAAACCCGUAGAGUUCAUGUCAGCGAGGAUGCCCUCUGAGAAGGUCGCUACCUCGACGUACGAGAGCGAACUCUACGCUCUCCGGCAGGCUCUAGACCACUGGAAGCAUUACCUGCUUGGGAGGCACUUCAAAGUGUAUUCUGAUCAUGAGACCCUUACAUGGUUGAAGACUCAUGCCAAGAUGACACCGAAGUUAACUAGCCGCAGAGAUAGACCAGCCACGUCAGCAGACCACGUCAGCAGACCACGUCAGCAGGACACGUUAGCAGUGCCAGGUCAGCAGCAAGGGAUACCACAUCAACAGGCCCCCGCCCGGUCUAUGCUGUUGCGAUCUCAAACAGCAGUCAUGGACCAGAGGCCUGGGGAAGCACGCGAGGCCUAUCAGGCUCGCAUGCUGGCCUGGAGUACCGAGACAAAGAAACGGGCAGAUGACGCUGCAGCAGCAGCGAAGAAGAAGGCCAAGAAUGCCGAGCAGGCACGUCUGUUGGCACUUGAACAACAGCGCCAGCAAUACGAGGCAGCAGCAAGGGCUGCCGAUGAAGAAAGAACACAGCGUCGUGAGAAGAUAUUCAUCGGAGAGCGGGCAUUACUUACCAUGGCAGCAGAAUGGCGAAGCGAGGCCGAGAAUAGCCAGUUGGAGGAUAGCGCAAACAAGAUAGCGCUCCUCCUCUCGCAUCUCCUGGCAACCUGCAUUACACAGCAGGCGGAGAUCCUUGCUCUCGACAACUCGGUAGCUCAUCUCCAAGACCGCCUUYAGCGGGUGGAGCAGCGACCAGUCGUCGCCGCCGAUGCAGGCUCUUCCAACACUGCCGACCGCCUCACCGCAUUGGAGAUGCGCGUGGAGCCGCCAGAGAUCAAAGCCAUGGACAAGCUUAUGGUCUUCGAGCAAGGCUCGCUGCCGAGUACGGACUGGAUCGCCGAGUACCAACGCUUGACGUCAGUCCCAGACAUCCAGAUGGGCUUCAAGGCCAUCCGCCACUAUUUCAUCUCAAGGUCAUGUCCGACAUUGAGCAAUGCCCUGACGCAUGUCGAGGACACCUUGACGACGACGGCGGAAUUAUUCGACAAGGCUGCGCAGAUCAUCGUUACGAACAAGGAGGCUAAGAACCUCCGUUUGCCCAUUGAAGGGCAAGGGUCGACAGGGAAACUGAGCACCGCCGAGAGUGAUGCGACGACACUCUCGACGCCUUCGGAACUGGUUUCUUCGCGAGUGACCAGCCUUCAUUCCGAGGCGCACGCGGAAGUCGACAGUCCUCCGCUUCUACUUUCUUUUGAGGACUAUGCUGCCCGGCUCGUUCCAACGCUGGGUACUCAAGCUCAAGGACAAGGAGUGUGUGCGGUUUCUUCUCCGUCCGGCAACAGCGACAGAUCGUCUUCAAGUGGUUCGUCACGGGAUUCGGCACGCGAGUUCAAUGUAGAGGCAUUGGACCCGCUCACGUCUGAGGACUUUGCAUGGCUUCCUCUCCCGACCACAGGCUGUUUGCCGGGACCGCAAUGCGCAGCACUUAGCGCUCAUCUCCACACUUACCUUUCCUUCUAUGCACCACCAACGUCGCCGACGGAUGACGAAGUCGCGGUGGGGGACAUCCUGGCGUAUACUACCAAGGUGGCCUGCGAGUUUCGCACGCAGCGGUACGAUAACAACAACGCACCGCUCAUGUAUGUCCGCAUCCAGGUCGGACAGGCGUCCUGCAAUGCUCUGGUGGAUAGUGGCGCGACUCGCAACUUCAUGAGCCAGUCUUUUAUGCAAAAAGCUGGCCUUGGCGCUCAAGUUCGGAGAAAGGCAAACCCAACGACGAUCAAGUUGGCGGAUGGUAAGACACAACAACUUCUCGACCGUUACAUCGAGGCCGUACCGGUCUACUUCGCACCUCAUGCAUGCGAACCGGUGACAUUCGAUAUUCUCGACACGGACUUCGACGUCAUUCUGGGAAUGCCUUGGCUUGCAAGUGCGGAUCACAUGGUCAACUUCCAUCGGCGGACUCCUAACGUUCGCAACGCCUUCGGCGCGGAAGCGGCGUGUACGAUUCCUCUACCGCACUCUUCGAUCCGGUGCCAAGUGGUUACAGCCAAAUCAUUUCGGGCGACUUGCGCUUACGAGCAGCCCGAGGAAAUCGGCCUAUGUUUCCUACGGACCGUCGCGGUAGCCGCUUCACCCACGGACUUGUCUUCGGACCCGCCGGUGGUGCGGUUGCUGGACGAGUUCGCCGACAUCUUCGAGUCACCUACCGGGGUGGUGCCGGAUCGGCCGAUCUCUCACGAGAUCAUUCUUGAGGUUGGUGCCGUGCCGCCGAAAGGUUGCAUCUAUUGGAUGAGCGAGGAGGAGCUUGAGGUCCUCCGCGCACAACUCGACGACUUGUUGGCCAAGGGCUGGAUCCGCCCUAGUAGCUCCCCAUAUGGAGCACCAGUUCUCUUCGUCCGGAAGAAGAACAAGGAUCUACGAUUGUGYAUCAACUACCGCAAGCUCAACGCGCAAACCGUCAAGAAUGCGAGGCCUCUUCCUCGCAUCGACGAUCUUCUUGAGCGAUUGGGCGGCGCAAACUAUUUUUCUAAGUUGGAUUUGAAAUCGGGAUAUCAUCAAAUCUCGAUCCAGCCGAACAAUCGCUACAAGUCCCCGUUCAAGACGCGGUACGGGCAUUUUGAGUGGGUGGUCAUACCUUUUGGCCUCACCAACGGCCCGACGACCUUUCAAGCGGCAAUGACCAACGAGUUUCGUGCAAUGUUGGACCGGUCCGUGCUGGUCUACUUAGACGAUAUUCUCGUCUAUAGCCGGACAAUGGAGGAUCAUCUUGGACAUCUUCGACGAGUGUUGGAGACGCUCCGCCGUGCCAAGUACAAGGCCAACCGCGACAAGUGCGAAUUUGUCCGGCAAGAGCUGGAAUACUUGGGCCAUUUUGUCACACCGGAGUGCAUCAGUCCGUUAUCGGACAAGAUUCAGGCCGUCCAAGAGUGGCCGGAGCCUCGGAACGUCACGGAUGUCCGCUCGUUCCUCGGUCUUACCGGCUACUAUSAGCGCYUCAUCAAAGGCUACUCCAAGAUCGCGGCCCACUUGAACAAGCUUCAGUGCGAGGAUCGGCCGUUUGACUUUGGAGAGGAGGCGCGGGUAUCAUUCCUCGCUGUCAAAGCCGCGCUAUUGUCUGUGGAGGUCUUGCGGAUAUACGACCCGCUCGCGCCUACACGUGUCACUACGGAUGCGUCAGGCUAUGGCAUUGGUGYAGUCCUCGAGCAACAUGAUGCGGAACAUGACGAUUUUCCCGGGAGACGUACGCAAGACCCACCUUCUAUUGACGGUUUUCAGGAGGUCGGUGACAUCAUCUCCCAGCGACGCUACGGCAACAAGCCAACUGAGUAUUUGGUGCACUUUGCAUACUUCACACACCGAGCUGAAGAGGCUCGUACGGAUUUAGUGAUACAGAAGUUCUUUGACUUUUGGGUUAGUGAGAAUGGAAUCCCAUUGCCAAUAGUUAGCGUCCACAAUAUCCUGAAACUGUUGAUCAGAGCAAAGACGGACGGUGUUAUGGUCCCUAUCCCCCAGUAUCCACUGUACUCUGCAUCCAUUGCUCUUCAGGGAGGCACUCUGGUGCCUUACUAUCUGGAUGAGAGCCAAGGCUGGGGCAUGGAGAUUUCAGAGUUGGAGAAGCAGUUGCAGGCUGCUCGCACCAGCGGCACCGUAGUGCGUGCCUUGGUUGUCAUCAACCCUGGCAAUCCCACAGGGCAGGUCCUGUCCGAGGAAAAUCAGGAGGAGGUUGUCAAAUUCUGUAAGAGAGAGAACCUCCUGCUCAUUGCAGACGAGGUAUACCAGGAGAACAUCUAUAGCGAGGGAAAGAAGUUCACGUCAUUCAAGAAAGUUGUCCGCGACCUCGGUUUAACAGACAAUGAUUUCACUCUUGUUUCGCUGCAUUCUUCCUCCAAAGGGUUCUAUGGCGAGUGUGGACGCAGGGGCGGUUACAUGGAGGCAUGCGGUCUCGACCCUCUGGUUAAGGACCAGUUGUACAAAAUGGCGUCAGUUGAUCUUUGUUCCAACAUUCCUGGGCAGAUCUUGAUGUCAGCCAUCAUGAAUCCUCCUCGGGUAGGUGAUGUUGUGCUAUCAGAAAUCCCUCUUCCAGAAUGCAAAAGUUUUCAAAAGAAUACAUGGAUGGAACUCAGUACAAAUCUCACCAUUCGGAAACUGGUCUCCUUUGAUGUGCUUGACAGCAAGGGAGGGGAUUUCCAGAUUUGUGAUGCUGGUUCCCGACUUCUCAUCAACAAGGGGGUUGGGGGGAGGAUGGUAUGUCUGUAGGUGGCUUUGUCCAGGGAGUCUGUUACUCACACCCGUUGGUUUGCAUCUUUCU